AUGACGGUCCUCCCUUGGGUCCUUUGGGCAAUUUGGUCGACUCGCAACUUGCAUGUCUUUGAGAAUUGGAUUCUAUCACCUAUGGAAACAACGACAAAAGCUCCGAAUCUAGGAAGAGAAUGGAACAAUGCACAACAACAGAUUCAAUCGGUGAAGAAAGUGAUACCUACAUCAAGAAGAUCGACAGGAAACACUGGUGAAAGCGGCGCCUACACGACAUGCAGAUCUGAUGCGGCAUACGAUAAGAGAUCAAAACGGGCAGGAAUCGCUUGGAUCUUCUCUAAUGGAAACAGAACUCACCUUAGCUAUGGUUCAGCUACGCUUGAAUCGAUCACCUCACCACUAGUAGCGGAAGCAAUUGCGCUCCGAUCUGGUCUCCUCUCUGCAGUGGAACUUGAGCACCAAAAGCUCAAAGCUUUCUCUGACAACCUAACGCUCAUCAGAACCAUCAACAACGACAUGCAGGUAAAAGAGAUCUUUGGUAUUGUCAAAGAUAUCCAAAGGAUCUCAUAUGCUUUUGUCGAGAUAUCAUUCUCUCAUCUCUCCCGAUCGCUGAAUGUGGAAGCGGAUCGUUUAGCAAAACUCUCUCUAUUUCCUUCUCGUGUAUCUGACCCAUCCAUGGACUAA